AUGACGUAUGGAUUUAAUACAGAUGAUUAUCCUGUCGAUGCAACAUUAAAUUAUUUCAUACGAACUUGUAUUGGAUUACAUGGUACAAAAUAUAUGUGUUAUGAAGGUGGUUGUGGUAGUUGUAAUGUAACUUGUUUACGAUUACUUGGAACAUGUGAUGGAUUAGAAAUUACUACCAUCGAAGGUAUUGGUAAUAAAAAAGACGGUUAUCAUCCAAUUCAAAAAACUUUAGCCAAUUCAAAUGGAUCUCAAUGUGGUUAUUGUAGCCCAGGAAUGGCAAUGACUAUGUACGGUUUACUAGAAAGAGAUGAUAAUAAACCUUUGACGGCAGAAGAAAUUGAAAAAUCAUUUGAUGGAAAUAUUUGUCGCUGUACUGGUUACCGUCCAAUAUUAGAUGCAAUGAAAUCAUUUGCUAACGAAAAAAUUAUUGAUAUAGAAGAUUUAACAAAAGGAUGCAAGAAAUUAAAAAUUUCAAGGAAAAAACAUGUAUCAGAAUGUGAUGAUUUUGAAUUUAUAAACUCUAGUGAGGAGUAUAAAGAAUUAUUUUGUCCAAUUAUGAAUGUUGAUUUGAAAGUUAAAAAUAGCCCUGCUUGGUUUAGUCCACAAGAUUUAAUUGAGUUGUUUAAAAUUUUUAAUACAGAAGUGCUUUCUAAAAAGUACAUUCUGGUUGCUGGUGGUACUGGUGAUGGCGUUUUUAGACGUCCAAAUGAUAUUGAAUAUUUUAUAAAUAUAAAUAAAAUAUCAGAACUUUCUAUGCAACAAAUUCUUUCUGAUCGAAUUGAAAUAGGAGGAAGUACUACAAUUUCAAAUGUUUUAGAUUUGCUAUUAGAAGCGUCUACAAUAAGUGGAUUUGAAUAUUGUUUAGAUAUUUAUAAUCACUGGAGUUUAGUUGCAACUUUAGCAGUGAGAAAUGUUGCUGGAUUAGCUGGAAAUUUAAUGAUAAAACAUGAUCACUUAAUUUUUCCAUCUGACAUUUUUAUAGUUUUGGAGGCAAUUAAAGCUCAAAUAGAAAUAAUGGAUAAUUUAGUCAGAAAUGUACACAGUCCAAUAGAUUUUCUUAAUCAAGACAUGAACAAGAAGGUGAUUACUAAAAUUAUAUUGCCGUCAUACAGUACGAAUGAAUAUAUCUUUAAAUCCUACAAGGUUAUGAUACGAUCGCAAAAUGCACACGCACUGUUAAAUGCAGCAUUUUUACUUCAAAUACAAAGUACAGCAACUCAAUUGAUUAUUAUGAGUGCCCGUUUAUGUUUCGGUAAUGUUUCGCCAUAUUUUGUGCAUGCUACUGAAACAGAAAAUUUCAUGAUUAAUAAAAAUUUACUUGAAGAAAAUGUUAUCGAACAAAUCCUUGCAAAAGCUUAUGAUGAAAUUUAUCCAGGCAUAGGAUUUGAUGAAUAUCGACCGCAUUAUCGUCGAAUUCUCGCUUGUGGACUUUUGUAUAAAUUUCUUUUAUCUUUAGUACCGCCAGAAUUUAUUGCCCCACAAUAUUUAAGUGGAAAAGAUACUCUUAAACGUGAAUUAUCUUAUGGAAACCAAACGUAUAGCAUUCCAUCAGAAAACUAUCCUGUUGGUCAGCCUGUUCACAAAUUAGAAGCUUUAAUACAAUGUAGUGGAGAAGCUUUCUAUUCAAAUGAUAUACCGAGUAUGAAUCAAGAAUUGUGGGCAGCAUAUGUAACAGCGACCAAUGUUGGCUCAACUUUAAUUGGUAUAAAUCCAGUUAAUGCUCUAAAGAUGAAAGAAAUUGUGGCAUUUUUUGGUGCCAAAGAUAUUCCCGGCAAUAAUUCAUUUAUUUUAGUCGGCGCUUUUCCAUUUUUCAUUGAAGAUGAACCAGUUUUUCUGAAAAUAAAUAAGGUUGUUAAGUAUUAUGAUCAACCAGUUGGAAUUUUAGUUGGUUCUGAUCCAUUCUCUUUAAAAAAAGCAGUAAAAUUAGUGAAACUUACAUAUGAAAAAGUACAUCCUGUCACUAAAUCACCGAUUUUUUCCCUUAAUGACAUUAAACAAAAAUCUGAUCUUACUAAAAGAACCGUCUCGAGUGUAACUCACAAAACUUCAAAUUCACUCAAAGAUUGUGUACAUAAAAAACAAGUUAAAAGUAAUUUUAGCAUUAAUGGACAAUAUCAUUUCACAAUGGAGCCUCAAACAGUUGUUUGUAAACCGACAGAAAAUGGAAUUACACUUUAUUGCUCUAAUCAAUUUAUUGAUUUGCAUCACAUAGUUUUAGAAAAAUUUUUAAAUAUGCCCCAAAAAAAUAUUUACAUUGAAACGGUACGUAUAGGAGGUGGAUAUGGCGGAAAAUUUUCUAGAUCUGCUCAAGUUGCUUGCGCAGCUGCAUUAGCUUGUAUCAAAUUAAAUCGACCAGUAAGGUUUGUACUAACUAUUGAAGAAAUGAUGCGUACAAUUGGAAAAAGAAUGCCAAUAAAAUGCGAAUAUGAUAUAGAAGUGAACAUGUCAAAUGGGCAUAUUCUUGACUCAUCCAUUGAAUUUUUUACAGAUUUAGGCUGGAGUCCUAAUGAAAGUCCAGUAUCACCGUAUACUUUAACAGCAAUAAAUAGUUGUUAUAAAGAUUUUUCAAAUUGGGUUGUUAAAGGAAAUAAUAUAUUAACGGAUGCACCAAGUAAUACAUGGUGCCGCGGCCCUGGAACUUUUGAAGGAAUUGCAAUGAUUGAAACAAUUAUGGAUAAUAUUGCCUAUGAAAUUGGAAUAGAUCCAGUCAAUGUAAGAUUAGAAAAUAUUGCAGAUGAUAACAAAGUAAAAAAAUUGUUACCACAAUUUGUUCAAUCAGUUGAAUAUCAAAAUAGAAAAGAGGCAAUCGAACAGUUUAAUAAUGAAAAUCGUUGGAUUAAAAAAGGAAUUUCAGUAUCAGUUAUGCAAUACAGUUUAAUAUAUUUUGCUCCACAAACAGCUUAUUUAGUUAUAUAUCGAGAUGAUGGUACAGUUAAUAUAUCUCAUAGUGGAAUAGAAAUGGGACAAGGAUUAAAUACAAAAGUUUUGCAAGUUGCAUCAAAUUCUUUGGGUAUACCAAUGGAAAAUAUUUCGUUUCGACCAACGAACAGCUUUGUUACAGCAAAUUCAAUAUUUAGUGCUGGUAGUUGUACAAGUGAAACAAUAUGCCUUGCUGUUCAAAAAGCAUGUAAUGAAAUAAAAUCAAGACUUCAACCAGUUCGAGAUUCAAUUUCAGAACCAAAUCCAGAUUGGGUAACAGUAAUACAAAAAGCCUAUGCACAAAAUGUUUCCUUAAACGUAACACAAUCUGUUUUCCCGGGUGAAAUGCAAUCAUAUAUGAUUUUUGGUUUAGCAUGUUCUGAAGUUGAAGUAGAUAUGUUAACUGGUAAUGUUCAAGUUAAAAAAGUCGAUAUAUUAGAAGAUACAGGUGAAAGUUUAAGCCCAUUAAUUGAUAUUGGCCAAGUAGAAGGAUCUUUUAUAAUGGCUUUAGGAUUAUGGCUUACCGAAAAAUUAUCAUAUGAUCGAUUAACAGGCGAAUUAUUAACAGAUAGACCAUUUACAUACAAAGUUCCAUUAGCUACUGAUAUACCACAAAUUUUCAAUGUUAAUCUUUUACAGAAUAGUCCAAAUCCAAUUGGAUUUUUAAGAUCGAAAGCUACUGGUGAACCUGCUAUAUCUUUAGCUAUAAGUGUUUUAUCUGCUGUUAGACAUGCUGUACAUUCUGCACGAAAAGAUGCUGGUAUAAAUGAAUGGUGUCCACUUGGUGGUCCAACAACACCUGAAGAUGUUGUUUUAAAUGCUGGAACAGAUGUUACACAAUUUCAUUUGCAUUAA